AUGUAAAUAGCAAAGCCAAUUAUUUAUGGAACAAUUGCAACAUGGCUUGGAAGAAGAUCAGAUGAAAAGAAAACACAUUCAUGGAUUUGUUAUGUAAGAGGGGCUCAUAAUGAAGAUUUAUCUUAUUUCAUUGAUAAAGUGAUAUUUGUAUUACAUAGUUCAUUUGAAAACACUAAUAGAGGUAAUAAUAUAUUAUAUAAAUUUUAGUUGUUACUCAACAUCCAUUUGUUAUUGCUGAAACAGGUUGGGGUUAAUUUGAUAUCAUUAUAAAAAUAUAUUUGAAGGGUGAUUAUGAUCAACCAUUAAUGGCAGUGCAUCCAUUAAAAUUAUAUUAAAACUAAACAUAAAAUAUUCCAUUAACUAAAAAACCUGUUGUAAGUGAAUAAUAUGAUGAAAUUGUAUUUAUUAACCCAAAAGUAAUUAUUAAAUUCUAAUAUAGCCUGAACUUUUAGAAAUAUUAAACUCAAAACCCAAUUAAGAAAACAAUUAAGUAGAAGAGGAAGUUUAAGUAGAUUAAAAAGAACCUGAUUUUGAAUAGAUGACUCCUGCAUAAAUAUUAAAAUAUAAUUAGCCCAAUUUUACAGUGUUUGAUAUUAAUGAAUCUAAGACAACAAUUGAAAAAGCCAUUUAAUUUGUAAGUCAAGAAAUAUUAGCAGAUUAUAAAAGAAAAGUAUUAUAAUUAUAAUUAAUUUAGAAUCAUCAAUUAGAUACAGAAAUCUAAGAAUUGUAAAUUGAAUAUGAAAAUUUACAAAAUAAAUUAUCCCAAACACAAUAAUGA